AUGCCGGGAACAGUGGCAGACGGUCCAACCGUCUCUCUAUCCUUCGCGAAUAAUUUCUGGGGUAAAGAGGAUGCCGGAGUUCCGCCUAUGCUCGAUCGAAUGCACAACGCCAAGGUGACCUGCGAUGAAUUGAAAAACUUCUAUAACCUUCGCGCCGCGAUCGAGGAUGAAUAUUCGAGAAAGCUACUUGCACUUUGCCGUAAAUCGCUAGGUGCAGGUGAAACGGGCUCGCUCCGUUCUUCCUUUGAUGUUGUUCGAACCGAGACAGAAUCCAUUGGGAAGGCACACGCCGCCAUUGCGAGUCAAAUGAAACGAGAAUUGGAAGAGCCCUUGGUUGCUUUUGCCGGUGGAUCGAAGGAAAGAAGGAAGAUCAUUCAGAACGGCAUCGAGCGUUUGCUCAAGACUAAGAUUCAGCAAACGCAAACAGUAAACAAGACUCGGGAUCGCUAUGAACAGGAUUGCCUGAGAAUUAAGGGGUACCUCGCACAGGGACACAUGGUAAUGGGUCAAGAGGAACGAAAGAACAAGGCGAAACUCGAGAAAACGCAAAUCCAGCUCGCAUCUAGCAGCAGCGAAUACGAAACCGCCGUGAAGAUUCUCGAAGAGACGACCGGCCGUUGGAAUAAGGAAUGGAAGGCAGCCUGCGAUAAAUUCCAAGACCUCGAGGAAGAGCGCCUUGACUUCACCAAAAGCAGUCUGUGGACAUAUGCCAACAUUGCAUCUACCGUCUGUGUGAGCGACGAUGCCUCGUGUGAAAAGAUCCGUCUGGCCCUCGAGGACUGUGAAGUCGAAAAGGACAUUGUUUCUUUCAUUAAAGAGAGAGGAACCGGCCAGGAAAUCCCUGACCCGCCGAAAUUCAUCAAUUUCUGCCGAGGAGAUAUCAACGACACCAGUUCAGAGGCAUCUGCUGAAGAGGAUGGAUACUCCGUUGCCCAAUUCCAGCGUACGAUAAAUCCUGCUUUCCGCAGCUCCUCUCCGCAGCCAUCCACAUACGAAUCUCACCAUGAUCCUUCGGCCGAAAUCGCGAACAUGGUAGGACAGAUAGAGGCUCCUCCCCAGGCAAGCCGAGAAGCCUCUAUCACUCCGCAGAAGUCGACACAGCAACCUGCGCCCUUGGAUCUCCGUCGCGGUGGCCAACCUCCGCCAAACUAUGACCCUAAUCAGCAUGGCGAGAUUGCAAAGGUGCCUCACAACGCCUAUCCAACAGACGGUAUGACUAUGUUCUGCCGCACCGGACCUCCUUCGGAGCGCAGUUCCGGAACGAACAGCGGCUACCGGCCAUCGAGUCGAGACUCGCAGAGCGAACUCUCCAAUCCUACAUCCAUGUCGAGCCAGGAGCCAUCAAGUGCGAGACAAUCUCCAACAAAGCCGACAAACGGUGUGGCGCUUCCGGGAAUUAGUCCUGAUAAACAGGUUCAGAAAAAGAGAAGUGCAUUCUUUAGCAACAGUCCGUUUCGUCGCAAGAGUCGUCACGACAAAGACCGCAGCUCUGGCCCGUCGCAGCCACCCUCUCGCAGUGCAUGGGAUUCUUCAUCGAAACAAACCAGCCCCGUUAAAGCUGCCCCUCAACCCCAACCCCAACAGCAACAGCAACAGCCGCCGCCGCCGCCGCCACAGCAACAGUUGCCAGCUCAAUCACAGCCUCAAUCUCCAGCUGUGAUGGGCCCAGGCGAUCGAGCCCCCAGUCCUGAGCCUGUGGAUCCGAGGGCGAACUUCCAGCUUAAUGUUGGCAACAACGUUUUUGACGUGGCUUCUCCGGAGAAGAAAAAGAGCUUGCAGCAACAGAGCAAGAGCGCUGAUGACGAACUUGACCCCAUUGCUCGUGCAUUGGCGGACUUGAAGACCUCUGGAAAGUCACCAUCGAGCCGUGUUUCUGCCGACAGAUAUCAUGGUAUAGCCAGCCCAGCUCCUUCUACCGCAGGACCACCGCCAGCCUACAACGACUCCUCGAUGAAACGUCUUGAUGCACCUCAACCGGCACACACAUCUGCGCAGAUGCAGAGGACAACGCAGAAAUACAUCGGUCAGGGCCAGAAUAUGUUCAGAAACCGGGGCAGCUCUCCUGGACCAGUUUCUCGGAACAGCGUGCAGUCUCAAGAUUCUGCCCGAGCCCGGUCACCGACCCCAAGACGGAGCGCCAGUCCCAAUAUGUCCCCGCGCGUUGACACCCGCAUGACCCAGUACAACAGGGGUACCAGUCCUAGCCCGAGCCCUUACCAGUCAAGCAGCAUGAGAAGCCGUUAUAGCCAGUCACCUAGCGUUGCAACGCCAUCACAGCGACCAGGUGAUGUGGCCUAUUCUCCUCGCGAGUACGCUCCACGCUCGCCAAACAUGGCACCACGCGCUGUCUCGCCCCAGCCUCAGUACAGACAGCAAUCCCGGCCUUCCAGUGCCGGUGGCAUGGAGCUGCAGCUGUCUCGUGGUGACAUGUACGGCGGCGGCAGCGGCCGUGAUGCAUACAGUGCCCGUGGACGGGAUACUGCAAGGCCGAUUUCGUACUAUGGAGAUGCAGGAAGCACUGGUCGCUCCAGAAGCAGGACUCUGGCUGCUGCUGAGCCUGGAAGGCAGUUUAGCAGGGACGGACGUCCAAUUCUGCACUUCGCCCGUGCAAUGUACAGUUACGCCGCAGCCAUCCCCGAGGAACUGGGCUUCACCAAGGGAGACGUCCUUUCCGUGCUCCGACUUCAGGAUGACGGCUGGUGGGAAGCUGAAGUCGCGUCCGCCCCCCGGCGUACUGGCUUGGUUCCAAGCAACUAUUUGCAAAUCAUCUAG